AUGGCAGAUAUUGAGAAACUUUUAAAGCAGGCAGCUAUGCAAAUAGGUGCUGGUGGAAGUGCUGGUUUCAUAGAAGUAUGCAUAAUGCAUCCUCUGGACCUCGUCAAGACUAGAUUACAAUUACAAGCAACAGCGAAAUCAUCACCAAAAGCCGUAGAUCCCCAUCAUUAUAAUGGAAUAGUUGAUUGCAUGAAGAAAAUGUAUAAAUAUGAAGGAUUGACGUCAUUCUGGAAAGGAAUUUUACCACCAAUUUUGGCUGAAACCCCGAAACGUGCAGUAAAAUUUGUUUGUUUCGAGCAAUAUAAGAAAAUAUUCUUCUUUGGGGCAAACACGCCAGCUCCUGUGACUUUUGCCUUAGCAGGUCUAGGGUCAGGAAUCACUGAGGCGUUAUUAGUGAAUCCAUUUGAAGUGGUGAAAGUUACGUUACAAUCAAACAGGGCAUUGGCUGCACAAGUGCCAAGCACUUGGUCUGUGACGAGGCAAAUAGUACGAGAAAAUGGUCUAGGGUUUAGGGGUCUUAACAAAGGUCUGACAGCUACUAUGGCCAGGAAUGGCAUCUUCAACAUGGUUUAUUUCGGCUUCUAUCACAGUGUCAAAGGAUAUCUGCCGGAGUGCGAAGACUCCUUGCUAGAGUUUGGUCGUAAGGUGGCCAUUGGUUUCACAUCAGGUGUUCUAGGGUCAUGUGUGAAUAUUCCCUUUGAUGUAGCCAAGAGUCGAAUCCAGGGUCCUCAGCCGACUCCCGGCAUCAUCAAAUACAGUUCCACCACUAACGCUAUACUGUUAGUGUAUAAAGAGGAAGGAUUCCGUGCAUUAUACAAAGGUUUAUUACCAAAGGUCCUCAGACUGGGUCCCGGUGGUGCGAUAAUGUUGGUUGUGUACGAUUACGUUUACAACUACCUUGAAAAUAAAUUUCAACCGAAAACUUUAUAUUAA